AAGCUGCAAACCCUGCCACAACCCAUUACUAUAUCUCAACACACCCAACCGUGUUCGCUGUUAAACAGCAUAACAUUGGUGGAAAAUUAGGCGUAUGCCAAACGACAAAAGGGUGUGCCGUGGGAAUGUAUCAAAAUGUGUCAUCACCUAUAUUAUUUAAAGGAACUGCUUAUGAAUAUGUAAACUACAUAGCCUAACCUCAUACGAACACUUACAGCUCUUUUCUCUAUACAAAGCUCUCAGAAGCACCACCAUGGCAGGCACUUUUGGAGACCUUACGAAGAUCAGCACAACCGGGGCAUCGAAAGAAACAGCUAGUAGGGAUGGACUCACUUUAAAAGGUGUGGAAGCCUCAAACAAAAUGGCUGAGACUGAUCUAAAGAGGGUAGACCAAUACAAGGCCAUCAUCCUGAAAGUCGGGAGAGCUAAGCAGAUGGACCCAGCUGUGAUCGCAGGUAUCAUAUCCAGAGAGACAAGGGGUGGAUUAAACCUUACGAAGGAAGGCUUUCAGAAAGUUGGCAAAGGUUUUGGUCUAAUGCAGGUUGACACAGGCUACCAUGAGAAAAGGGGAGCAUGGAAUAGUGAGGAGCAUGUCACUCAAGGCACAGAGAUUCUAAUCGGCUUCAUUAAAGAGAUUCAGAAGAAAUUCCCUACCUGGCCCAAGGAGCACCAGUUUAAAGGAGGCAUCUCAGCCUACAACGGAGGUCCAGGAAACGUCCGCACGUAUGAGCUCAUGGACAAGGGCACACCAGGAGAUGAUUAUGCCAAUGAUGUGGUGGCCCGGGCUCAAUGGUUUAAACGCAAUGGCUACUAAGCAGUAUUUUUAUUCCUAUCUCACGCUGCAUACUUGGCACAUUUUUGACUGUAUAACUGCAUGUGCUGUAUUUUUUUCAACUAGAAGCUUAUACUUACAAAGUGACAGGGCUACAUAGCAAUCUUUAUAUCUUUUGUAACUUAAAAACUUAAACACCUGUGCUGUUUGAACUGUUGAUCGGCAAUAAGUUGGUAACAAUUGGCAUUGGGAUCGUGUACAAAAAAAUUUGCAUUUCUGCACUGUAUGUUCAGAUGAUUUCUGCUGGAAAUUAGAAUAAGAACUUUUACAAAUAAAUAACAGGUUAUGCUUUUAGUUGUCAAGUCAUUCUGUGAAAAAAAAAUCAGUCGUUUUUGCUUAAAUUCACUGCGCUUUAUAUGAGUUCAAAUCCAUUCUAGUUGUAAAUUAAAACUACUGUACUUAUAAUUGAAAUCUCACCAAAAAUACCAACACUACCAGUCAAACUUUUGGACACUCCUGCUCGUAGAAGGGGUUUCGUCCAACCUAGACACAGUAGAUAUUACUUACUAGAUAUUACUGUAGAUAUUACAAUAGUACUUGCUGCACCAGCAUGCCAUCUACCCCAUUCGAUUUUAAAUAAAUUCCACAAACUCCCUCAGUAUUUAUUUAUUUAAAGAACAUAAUCAAACUAUUCAAAUUUUAGGCUCAUUACCCAGCAAACAUGCCCCCAUUGGGCCAGUGAGGUCCCCAUAUGAGCAGCCCACAUUAUGCCAUUGGGGAUUUGCAUAUCAGCGUGGCAUUGACUCCACCGUAUUGGCCUCAGUCUGUGCACAGUUGGGCCAAUAUGGCUGAAAAUAGCUUUUGGCCCAAUGUGGACUAGGCCAGUGGUUUUCAAAGUGGGGCCAGGGGGUGCCCGGGGGGCCUCAACAAUUUGGUGUGAAAAAUAAAUUACAUGAUUUUCUCUUUCUCACUCUCAGGCAACCACACACACACACAAUCAAUUCCUAAUGUAAUGUAAUGUAAAGAUGUCAGAUGUAAUCGUUAUUAUUAUUUUAUUUUAUUUAUUUUUUUUUUUUUUAAAAGGGGGGGAUAUAUUCAGAAGUCUGUAUUUUUCAGAAGCCCUGGAAAAGUUUGGGAACCCCUGGACCAGGCCACAGUGGUCCUACAUGGGGUUUGUGUGCGCAUCCCAAAAUUUGGCCUGUCUACAGAAAACCCACGUUGGUCCAUUUUAGGAUUUGUAUGUUUUGGCGCUUGCCCACACUACCUACAACUGUAACAGCUUUCUAUCCACAAACUUUUUCACCAUGUAGCGUACAUCCUUGAGCCUUUCCACUCAAAUGAAAUGAAAUAGGGGGUGAUUAUUACUCUAUUUUGCUCCCUAGUGAAAGAACAGUACUCUUUUUUUUUUCAAAUGCAAACUCCUAGAUAUUUGUCAUAGUCUCCACAAUGGGAAGCACUUGACUA